AUGGGGCUUUUUGAAUUCACUCUUAAACUUGCCUGUUUAGCUUCGAUGAUUUCUGUUUGUCUACAUACUCCUCACACAAUUAGUCAAUGGCCUUCAUUGCUUUAUUGGCUAUUAAUUAAUGAUAUUUUCUGUACAACAAUAUUCUCGAUUGAUUUACUUUUAAAGAUAAAUACAAAAACUAUAUUAAAAGACCGUUGGUGUCAGUUUGACUUGACUAUUUUAUUUUUUCAUUACGCAUCUAUUUGUAUUCAUUCUGCAGAAAUUUCUGAUAAAUUAUGGCCUUGGUUAAAUAUUAAAUAUGAGGGAUGGUGGGGGGCUGUACGUUCACCCAGACCAUUUAUUAUGUUAAAAUUUAUUAGAUCAAUUAUUCGUUUUAAAUUGCCACGUAAUAGAAUUCAAAUGAUUAUAAAGAGGUCUUCUCAACAAAUUCAAAAUGUUUCCAUUUUCUUUUUAUUCUUUAUAACUUUUUAUGCAAUUAUGGGAGUACAACUUUUUGGCCGGAUGGAAUUUCAUUGUGUUCUCCCAGGGACUGACCCUAAUAAUGUUACAAUUGCUGAUCUAGCUAUUCCUGAUACAAUGUGUUCUCCAGAUGGUCAAGGAUAUGAAUGCCCGCCAACAAUGGAAUGUAUGAAACUUUCUCUACGUGCAAACCAAAUUGGUUUUUAUGGAAUGUUUAAUGAUUUUGCAUCUAGUUUAUUUACUGUUUAUUUAGCAGCCUCUCAAGAAGGCUGGGUUUUUGUUUUAUAUGAUACUCUUGAUACUUUUCCUUAUUAUUUUGGUCUCUUUUAUUUUAUUACUUUAAUAUUCUUUUUGGCUUGGCUAGUUAAAAAUGUUUUUAUUGCUGUUAUAACCGAAACUUUUGCUGAAAUUAGAGUUCAAUUUAGUGAAAUGUGGCAAAGUAGAGAAGUACCUCCCAAUAAUAGAAAUCUAGAUAAUAUUAAUCAAAAUAAAUUAGAAAAAGAUGAAGAAGGGGAUUGGCAUAUUAAAGAAGUUGAUUCUAAAUUAUUAAAUUUUGGGGUAACAGAGAGGGGAACAUUUAGACGUCUAUUACUUGCAUUUAUAUGUUCAUCAACCUUUCAAACUUUUAUACUUUUCCUUUCAAUUUUUACUUUAAUUUUUUGUAUUGAAUGUUUAAUUAAAAUAUUUGGACUUGGCUGGCAUGUUUUUUGGCGUAGAGGACAACAUAAAUUUGAGUUAUUACUUUGUUGUGGAAGCAUUUUAAAUAUAAUUCCAAAACUUUAUAAAACAAAUUAUUUUACUUAUUUUCAAGUUUUUCGUCUUUUACGAUUAGUUAAAUUAUCCCCAAUGCUUGAAGAUUUUGUUUAUAAGAUUUUUGGUCCGGGUAAAAAACUUGGAGGGCUUAUUUUAUUUACUUUAACAUUGGUAAUGAUUACCUCAGCAAUUUCUUUACAAUUAUUUUGUUAUGAAGGAUGGACAGAUGUUGUUGUUGAAAUUUUACGUUCAACAAAUGAAUAUUGGGUACCUUUUGUUGCAAUUUAUUUUGUUGGUUAUCAUCUUUUUGUUACUUUAAUUGUUUUAAGUUUAUUUGUUGCUGUAAUUCUCGAUAAUUUAGAAAUGGAUGAAGAACUUAAAAAAAUAAAACAAUUAAAAGCUAGAGAAGAAACAACAACAAUGCGUACACAACUUCCUUGGAGAUUAAGAAUUUUCGAAAAAUUUCCAUCUCGUCCACAAAUGAUUGAAUUUAGAAAAAUUUCUCGAGAAUUUCCUUUACCCAAAAUGAGGGAUAGUUUUACUCGCCAAUUCCUUGUCAAUUUAUCAACAGAUUUUCUUAUUAAUUCAUCAUCAAAAAAAGAAAAUAGUAGAGGAUAUGUUAAUAAUAAAGAAUUUCUAAAUAAAAUAACAAGAAAUUCAAAAAAGGAAAUAACAAAAGAUAAUCAAAAGUUUUUUAAAUUUAAAAAACUUUUUUUUAAACAAACAAAUCAAAAUAUGUCAAAGAAAGCAGUUGGGAAUUUAAUUGAUGAAUCAAAUAAACAACGUUCACUUCUUUCUGAUACUUCUCAACAUAUUGGAGGAGUUAAUGCUUGGAUUAGGGGGGCAAUUGGUGGAGUAACUAGAAGAAGGCGUGAACAAGAAAAUCAGCAACAAAAAACAUUUUCUUUCCAAAAUGCUGAAAAUAAAAAAGAAAAUGGGGGAGAUUUUAGUAAAUUAAUUGAUACUGCCCCUAAGGAAGGAAUUAAAUCUGGGGGAUUAGAUAUUAUUGAUAUUAAAGCAUUACAGAGGAAAAGGGAUCAAGCAGAAUUUACUAGAAAUCGAAUAGAAGAAGAAAUGAGAGAAAAUCAUCCAUUUUUUGAUUCCCCUCUUUUUAUUGUUGGUAGAAAUUCAAGACUUAGAAGAUGGUGUUUGUUUAUUGUUGAAGCAAAAUAUUGUAUUAUAGACGAACAAAUGAAUGGAUCUUUUCGUGGAAUUAAUAAUUUUAAAAAUAUUUCUACAACAAGAAAACCUCUUGUUUCAUUAAAUAAAUAUAAACAAAUUAAACAAUUAAUUGGGUUACUUACUUAUUUGGAUUGGACAAUGGUUUUAAUUACUUUAUUUUCAUGUUUUGCUAUGCUUUUUGAAUCUCCUUGGCCUAUUUCUGGCGAAAAUAUGAUUUUUAAAAAUAAAUAUUUUGAGGCUUGUGAUUUUAUUUUUGUGUUAGCAAUGAGUAUAGAAUUAACACUUAAAAUUGUUGCUCAUGGACUUUUCUUUACCCCAAAUGCUGUUGUUCGUGAUGUUGGUGGAUUUGCUACACUUUUUAUUUUUGGAAGUUCUUUGUGGUAUUUAAUUUGGAUGCCUAAAUAUGUUCAAGAAAAUUCAUUGGCACAAUUUUUAAUGAUUUGUAGAGCUAUGCGUCCCCUUCGGAUUUAUACUUUAGUUCCGCAUAUUCGACAAGUUGUUGUUGAACUUUGUAAAGGAUUUCGUGAAAUUCUUUUAGUUACAAUUCUUUUAAUUCUUUUUAUGUUUAUGUUUGCAAGUUUUGGUUUGCAAUUUAUUGGUGGAAAAUUAGCAGCUUGUAACGACCCAACAAUCACUUCUAAGGCAAUUAAAAUAAUAAAUUUAAUUUAA